UCAACUAUCGCCAUUUUUUGCUGAAAGACAAACGUCCGCCAGUGGCUCAGAGCUUGACGUCGAUGCUUCUGCAACACUCCAAAUGGAUGGUCUUUCACUCAAUGCUGCCAUCUUUGAUGAUGAAACUGAGGAACUUGAUAUUGAUGGAGAGUGUGCGAUGACGGAGUACGCUGGUCAGUCUGGUGUUCUUGAAGGCGAAAAUCCUGUUCCUCCGACUGUUGGAAUGGAGUUCGAGACAUAUGAGGAUGUGUACUACUUUUACAACUGUUAUGCUAAAGCGCACGGAUUCGGGGUCAGAGUGAGUAAUACAUGGUAUAGGAAGAGUAGGGAAAGGUAUAGAGGAAAACUAAGCUGCAGCAGUGCAGGAUUUAAAAAGAAAAGUGAAGCAAAUCGGCCCAGACCUGAGACAAGAACUGGCUGUCCAGCUAUGAUCAAGUUCAGAUUGAUGGAGAACAAAAGAUGGAGAAUAAUUGAAGUUGAACUUGAACACAACCACCUCAUUCAUCCGUUAACUGAAAAGUUCUAUAAAUCUCACAGAAACAACAGUUCUGGGAGUAAAAGGCCCUUGCAGAUGACUGGUAAUCAAGAAAAUCAGAAAAUUAGGUUAUUCAGAACUGUCAUUAUUGAUCCAGAUGAUGAUGGAAAAUUAAACAUUGAUGAAGGUGAAUUCAGGAACAUGAUUGACCAGUCAAACAACCAUUUGAUUCUUAAACCUGGAGAUGCUCAAGCAAUUCUCAGUUUCUUCACUGAUCUACAGUUGGUAAACCCUGAUUUCUUUUAUGUAAUGGACCUAAAUGAGAAAGGAUGUCUGCGGAAUGUGUUCUGGGCAGAAGCAAAAUGUAAGGCCGCAUAUGGUUAUUUUGGUGACGUGGUUAGAAUUGACACUGCUUGUUUGAUCUCAAAAUAUGAGGUUCCACUUGUGGUAUUUGCUGGAGUUAACCACCAUGGACAAUCUGUGCCACUAGGCUGUGGUUUGGUUGCAGGAGAGACUGUAGAGUCAUUUAUAUGGUUGUUGAGGGCAUGGCUGACAUACAUGGUUAGCCGCCCUCCACAGACCAUCAUUAUUGACCAAUCUAGAUCUAUGCAAACUGCUAUAGCUGAUGUUCUCCCGCGGGCAUCUCAUUGCAUUUCAUUGUCGCAUAUCAUGAAGAAAGUUCCGGAGGAAUUGGGUGGGUUACAUGCAUAUGAAGUCAUCAAGAAAGCAUUUACUAAAGCAAUUUACCAAUCAUCAAGAAUAGAUGAUUUUGAAACAGCUUGGGAGGACAUGAUGCUAUGCCAUGGAAUUAGGGACCAUAAAUGGCUCCAGACACUCCACGAAAAUCGUAAACACUGGGUCCCUGUCUAUUUAAAGGAUACAUUUCUAGCGGGGAUGUUUGGUGUGACACUCCGGGAGAGAGAGGUUUCUUCUCCUUUUGAUGAGUAUUUGUCUAAUCAUACUCCCCUGAAAGAGUUCCUUGACGGCUAUAACCAAUGUCUGAAGGAAAUCUACCAAAGAGAAGCACUGGCUGAUUCAGAAUCGAGGAAUCCAAGUUGUAUGUUGAAAUCAAGAUUUUAUUUUGAAAUGCAGCUAUCUAAAAUCUACACCAAUCACAUAUUUGCUAAAUUUCAAAUUGAAAUAGAGGGAAUGUUCUCAUGUUUAAGCACAAGACAAGUAGGUAUUGAUGGGUCUAUCAUAACAUACAUUGUUAAGGAACGUGAAGUUGAGAAUAUGAAUGAAGCAAAAGAUUAUGAGGUUACGUUUAAUACAGAUGUUGCUGAUGUUCUUUGUGGAUGUGGUUUAUUCAACCUGGAGGGCUUCCUGUGCAGGCACACAUUAUGUGUUCUAAGUCAGAAUGGUUUCAAGGAGAUCCCACCACAGUACAUUCUUUCGCGCUGGAGAAAGGAUAUUGACCGUAGCUAUGUUCUUGACUACGGCUGCAAUUUUAUUGACACCAAGAAUCCAGUUCACAGGUAUGAUAAUUUGUACAAGUGUGCUGUGAAGUUGGUGGAGGAGGGGAGAAAAUCACAUGAGCGAUACAAGUUCACCUUAGAAGCGUUGGGGGAGAUAUUGAACAGAGUUAGUUUGCAAGAUCAUAACACUCUUUAGCUUCUUAAGAAGAGCUGUGAAAUAUGUAUGUAGGCACACUGAAUGUACACUUGUAAUGAUUAUCUU